GCGAGCUUGGUAAUACAAACCAUUUCCCCAAAGAAAUAAACCCUAAUUGGAGCCGCCGCCUGCACCUCCACCUCCCAUGGGCUUCGACGUAGGCAUCGUCCCCUACAAUCCCGAUGGCUGGGGUCCCCCAGAUACCCCCGCCAUCCCCCUUCUUCCCCGCCGCGCCGGAUACACCCUUAGCCGCUCCCCCGCCACCGGACCCGGAGGUCAGGGGGGCGGUCGCCGAGAUGCGCCGACUCUUAAGUCAUCCGUCGACAUCCAACCCGAGUGGACUAUGCUCGAUCAGAUCCCUUUCUCCACCUUCGCCAAGCUCUCCUUUGCUGUGCCGGAUCCCCCAGAAGACCUCCUCGUCUGCGGCGGACUCGAAUUCUAUGACAAAUCUUUUGAUCGCAUCAACCCUAAGAACGAGCGCCGCCUCGAUCGCUUCAAGUCUCGCAACUUCUUUAAGGUUACAACCACCGACGAUCCAGUUAUUCGUCGCUUAGCCAACGAGGACAAAGCAGCCGUGUUCGCUACAGAUGCUAUUCUUUCAGCUCUUAUGUGCGCUCCCCGUUCUGUAUAUUCUUGGGAUAUUGUCAUCCAGCGCGUGGGCAACAAGCUUUUCUUCGACAAGCGUGAUGGAUCCCAGCUUGAUCUUCUUUCUGUCAACGAAACAUCGUCGGAGACACUUCCGGAAGCGAAGGAGGAUAUCAAUUCUGCUCAUUCACUCGCCGUUGAAGCCACUUACAUAAACCAGAACUUCUCCCAACAGGUUCUUCUACGUGAUGGCAACAAGCUCACCUUCGAUGAGCCCAACCCCUUCGCAUCCGAGGGAGAGGAGGUGGCCUCCGUUGCUUAUCGAUAUCGGCGCUGGAAACUAGACGACGAUACCCAUCUCAUUGCUCGCUGCGAAGUCCAUAGCGUUACGGAUGUGAGAGGUCAGCGAGCUUUCCUUACUCUUAAUGCCUUAAACGAGUUCGACCCGAAGUACUCUGGUGUGGAUUGGAGGCAAAAGCUUGAAACUCAGAGGGGAGCUGUGCUUGCCACUGAGCUCAAGAACAACGCAAACAAGCUUGCUAAAUGGACCGCGCAGUCUCUGCUUGCUGGUGCUGACAUGAUGAAGCUGGGCUAUGUAUCUAGGGUUCAUCCAAGGGAUCAUUUCAAUCAUGUUAUCCUUAGCGUGAUAGGCUAUAAACCAAGGGAUUUUGCAGCUCAGAUCAAUUUGAAUACCUCGAACAUGUGGGGCAUUGUGAAGUCCAUUGUGGAUCUCUGCAUGAAGCUGAAUGAGGGGAAGUAUGUUCUUGUGAAGGAUCCGGUGAAGCCACAGGUGAGGAUCUAUGAAGUGCCUGCUGAUGCCUUUGAGAAUGAUUACAUGGAAGAGCCUCUUCCUGAGGAAGAGCAGGUGAGGCCGCCUGUGGAGGAUGAAGUUCCUGAUGGUGCAGCUGAAGCCGGCGCUGAAGGAGUGGCUACUGCUGUUGGAGAUUCUGCUGGUGAAGCGGAAGUGGAGAAGGAUUCCUCUGCUGCUGUGGCUUGAAGGUUAUUCAUAAAUAUUUAUAUUCGAGUUCUCUAGUCCUUUUUUUAAUAGGAAACUAAGAAAGACAUUAUCUUUGCUGGUGAUAAUCUACUCUGGAAGCUAAUAAAAACUUCAUCUUUUCUAA